UCCGGGAAAACACAAAACCACGCCCGCGGCAGUACCCUCUAGACUCCAUGGCAGUUAGCGAAGCGUCCUGGGAAAGGCCGGUUCUUGCCCUCGUUUUAUGGAUUAAAAGUGUCCACGACAGGAACGCAGAAGGCGACGUGCGUUACCACGAACACUAGAGGUCGGGGACCUAACAGAACCGAAAUUCAGCGCUGGUUCCCCCUGCCAUAGAGGUCCACGCGGGGCCAGCCCCGGGUGGCCUAAGCCCCGCCCCUCGGCCUCCUCCAGGGGAUUGGGGGCGGAGUCUGAGUGCGGCUGCGUGCACCCGGCGGGAGGAAGGCUGGCCGUGGGCGGACCCGCAGCGGGGUCUGUGUGCGCGGCUGGGGCGCGGGCCACGCUGAGACCCGGAGCAAAGCUGACCCAGUGCCUCACCAUGGACUCGCGCCCCGAAGAGUACGAGCUCAACGGCGACCUGCGCCCGAGCUCGCCGGGAUCCCCGGGCGCCUCGGACUUGAUUCCUAGGCCUAGCCGCUGGGGCAGGAACCAGCCCAUCAACAUGAACCAUUAUGCCAACAAGAAGAGCGCAGCUGAGAGCAUGCUGGACAUUGCACUGCUGAUGGCCAACGCCUCCCAGCUGAAGGCUGUCAUUGAGCAGGGCCCUGGCUUCGCCUUCUUCAUCCCCCUGGUGGUCCUCAUCUCCAUCUCCCUCGCGCUGCAGAUUGGUGUGGGCGUGCUGCUCAUCUUCCUUGGUAUGACCUCAACAACCCUGCCAAGCAUGCCAAGCUGGACUUCCUCAACAACCUGGCCACUGGUCUGGUCUUCAUCAUCGUCGUGGUCAACAUCUUCAUUACUGCCUUUGGUGUCCAGAAGCCCACCAUGGACAUGGCACCCCGGCAGUAGGGGCUCAGGUGCCCCUGGAUCAUGCCUGGCCGCAGCUGCCUAGACACAGGAGGCGCCUUGCCCUUGAGGCCCAUCCUCCUGUCCACAGGAUUCCUCUAAACCGCCGGAGCCCAGGCUGGCCCCACUGGACUGCAUCCAAAUAAGCCACACGUGCUCAGGCCACUCUGGCCACACAGGGCCUGCCCCGUCCUCAGCUGCUCCUCCUCCUGGAGCAUGGAGUAGCCAGGCCCAGAAGAUAGAACUGGUGAGCCUUCAACAACGGUCAUCGCUGCCGUGGACAUGCAGCAGGCCCAAGGAUGGGGGUCAAGGAGCUGGCCCCCAUCUCGGGACACUUCCAGAGAGACGAGGCGAUGCCUGCCCUCUGCCAGUGCAGCAGCGUCCUGGCCUUGUACGCUGCCCACCCUGGGUGACCUGUGACCUCUGCACUUCCUGACCCAGGACUAUAGACCAUCAGUGACCCUGUGGGUCCCCCACCGUGGCCACUGACUCAGACCUCACACCUUCCACCAGCAGUGAUUGGGCAGGGCUGUAGCCCCUCCUUGGGGAUCUGAGCCCCCACUUUUCUAUAUAUAAGUAACCAAUAAAGCUGAUUCUUCUCCUCA